AUGUCGGUUCAGCACAAUUUAGCAUUAUUAAACACACAUAGAGUCAUACAAUCAGUUAAUUCAACUUUACAAGAAUUAGAGUUAAUUGACUCACAGUAUCAAAUAAUGAUUUCUGUUUUAGCAUAGGCGAUUGUAGAAGAAAGUUAAUAAGUUCCAAAGAUUAGGACCAAAAUCCAACCCUACUGA